UCAGAUAGCACAGGGAACCCAUGUUCACGUGACUUUAAGCGGAAGGUGCCAAACAAGAUGGAAGACGGUGGCUGGCACUUGGAUGCGUUUGACGAUGGCUCGCUCAAAAUCGUAAGUGAAACUCAGCUACGAAAGUAUGGCAAGUUUCUUGAAGAUUACGCAUCCCAGCUGAAAGCCAUUGAAGAUGCUUUGGAUGAUUCUGUUGGAGAUUCUUGGGACUUCACGCUUGAUCCAAUCAGCCUACAGGUGCUUCCCUAUGAGCAGACUAGAAUCCUGGAACUUGUAAAAACAGAUAAUAAGGUGUUUAACAAGGUUAUCACAGUGUUUGCAGCAUUAUGUGGGGAGAUGGAUGAGCUUUGCCAUGAGGCUGUGACUAAGUUCUACACACCCCUUCUCCUGUAUGAAGAAGCAGGAUCAGAGCAGGAACUUGAAGAAGGAGAGGCACAAGUCAGGCUUGGCCGCAUGCUUCCUUUAUUACAGGAAAUUUCAAGCUUUGUGACACGCUGCUAUGAUGUUGUCAAAAGUGUACUUCAGCAACUUGGGUCUUUACACAACAAGGGAGGUCCAAAAGUUAUUGAUGUCAAUGGUGUGCACUUUACUACUGUCUUUGAGCAUCUUGGCAAAGUACUUACAGUUCUCAUAACCCUGGAUGAAAUACUUGAUGCCAGUCACACUCUCAAAGACCACUGGAAACUGUACAGAAGGAUGGUUAAGUCGGUAUAUAACAACACUGGGAUGUUUGGGGUUGAGGAGGAUAAACUCAGACCAUUUGAAAAGCUUUUGAUGAGUCUGGAAGGUCAGCUUCUGGAUGGAGUAAUUAUGCAGAAUUGUGUGGAGCAAAUGUUUGAUGAUGGACCUGCACGAGUUGCUCGUAAUCCAGAAUUGUCUGAGGAAUUCCUAUACAACAUUAAAGCUAUUUAUUAUACACUUGAACCUAAACUCGGCGAAAUCAGUGAAGUUGAUCAAAGGCAGCGGUUUGUUGGAUUGCUUGGGCUGUUCAUUCUGCAUUUCCAGAUCUACAGAGGCCUGGAUAAAAAGCUUUUCAAACAGAUUUGGGAAGUCUAUAAGAAGGUACCAGCCAUCCACUUGGUUGGUGACAUCAUGUUCUUCCCCAAUGAGUUUCUACUAAGAAAGGUUCCACAUCUAAACAAAACGAUGGACAGAAAGCAGCUUUCUGCUGUGAACGCAUCCAGAGAGGCAUACCUCAGCAACUGUAACCAGAACCUUGCAAAGGAUGCACAAGCGUACUACAUCAGAAUCAGUUCCUGGAUGGUGCACAUGGAAUCAGCUUUGAAUAAGGGUGGUUCACUGGUAGAAGACCUCAACACUAGAUGCAUGCUCUUUGUGCAGGGCAUUCUGUAUGCAUACAACAUAAGUCACCUUGUGAGGACAAUGAUGAACAUGCAUCUCGUCAUGUCCAAACCCAUGACAAAGACUGCUGUCCUAUCACUAUGCAGGCUCACAGAAUUGCUCAAGGCGAUUGAGCACACCUUCCAUGGGCGUAGUAUGCUGAUAGCGGAGAGUGUCAAUCACAUCAUGCAGCACUUGACAUUCCUUGCCCUGUCGGCCAUUGAAACUGCAAAGAAACGUAUCAAUGUAGACAAGAAAUACACCGAUAAACGUCUGGAUGUGUUAGCUGCUCUAGUACUGGUCCAGACUGCGUUGAACGGACCAGGCACGAAAGAGCGCCGGCUAAUAGUUAACCUUGGCCUUCAUGUAGGCACACAAAUGAAAGCUUUCAAAGAAGACGAGAUGAACAACCUGGAUAACGUCUUGAAGAAGCUUGACAUCAUAGGCUCCCUUAACGCGAAGAUCAAGGCAGCCAGUGACUGCGGCUUCAUCCAUUGGCAUCGGGUAAUACUCCCGAUCUAUUUAGAUGAUCUGUACGAAAACGCGCUUGACGUUCACCGGCUUCAUUACAUGAUGGGUGCAUUGCGAGACUGUGUACCCAUUCUACGGCAAGUCAAGCAUGAGGCCUCCCCACAGGUCAUGCUCCAGUCAUUCGAGAAGGAGAUCGACGAAGCCCUUCAGGAGCAUUUUCUGCGCCCGCUUUGUCGUGAUAUCGAGACUGAGUUGCGACUGCACAUCCACCAGCACUUGCAGCUUGACGAUCGCAACCCCUUCAAGGUUGGCAUGAGGGAUCUUUCACACUUUCUCAAACUGCGUCCAAUCCGAUUUUUCGACAAUUUCAUUGACAUCAAAGCUCACGUUACCCAUUAUCUGGACACCACGUUCUAUAACCUGACGACUGUUGCUCUGCAUGACUGGAAAACCUACGCGGAGAUGCGUAACAUGGCCAAACAGAAGUACGACCUCGACAUGACAGAGGCCCACUUGCCGAGCCAGACACUGGAACAGGGACUAGACGUCCUUGAGAUCAUGCGUAACAUCCACGUGUUCGUCUCGCGCUAUCUGUACAACCUCAACAAUCAGAUCUUCGUGGAGCGCGCUUCCAACAACAAGCACCUGAAUACCAUCAAUAUCCGUAACAUCGCCAACUCUAUCCGUACUCACGGCGCAGGGAUCAUGAACACCACCGUGAACUUCACCUACCAGUUCCUGAGGAAGAAGUUUUUCAUCUUUUCUCAGUUUCUUUAUGACGAACACAUCAAGGCCAGGCUUGUCAAGGACAUCAGGUUCUUUAAAGAUGCGAAAGAAGAGUUAAGCCAGAAGUACCCAUUCGAGCGUGCCGAGAAGUUCAACAAAGGCAUCCGUAAGCUGGGCCUGUCCCCCGACGGUCUCACGUAUCUCGACCAGUUCCGGAUACUGAUUGGACAGAUCGGUAACGCCAUGGGCUACAUCCGAAUGAUCCGCUCGGGAGGCCUGCACUGUUGUAGUAAUGCCAUAAGGUUUGUUCCCGAUCUUGAGGACAUCGUCUCGUUUGAGGAACUGGUCAAGGAGGAGGAGCUUUCUGGCGAGGCCCAACAAGCGGCAAAAAUUCUUGAUUUAGCCAUUGAUAACUUGGCAAAGAACUUCGCUGGAGCGACUGAAUACUUUAAGCUCCUGGUAGACGUAUUUGCACCUGAGUUCCGUGAUGUCAAGAACAUGCAUCUCAGGAAUUUUUAUAUCAUCGUCCCCCCUUUGACGCUGAAUUUCGUGGAAUACAUGUUGAGUUGCAAAGAGAAGCUAAACAAGAAGAACAAGGUCGGUGCUGCAUUCACUGAUGACGGAUUUGUCAUGGGUGUAGCUUACAUUCUCAAGUUGUUGGAUCAAUACCACGAGUUUGACUCUCUUCACUGGUUCCAAUCAGUGCAAGAAAAAUACAACAAAGAGAAGAAUGAUGUCCGUGCCGCGCUGUCCAAGGGCGUCAAGGACGAGAAACUUCAGCAAACAAUGAACCUGACGUUAAAGCGACUCUCCACCUAUCAGCGCGAGUUUGAACUCGUCUACUUCUCGCUAAACAGCGCGAGGAUCUUCUUCCGCGCGGACAAGACGGCCAGCGAGGAGAAAGAGGAGAAGGGCAGCAAGGCAGCAAGUGACGCGGGUUCCACGAACGGAGAUGUAGCAUCAGACACUCAUCCGGAAGCAACAAGUUGACGUGCAAGUACCUAUUUCUAAGCCGGACUUAUUGCAGUGACGUCACAAAUCAGGUCAGAAUAAGAAGGGAGGCAGGAAUAUCAAAUGCUAUACGAUACCAAGUCUCAUGUGUAAAGUAUAGGAAUAGUACAUAAAUAAUGUUAUAAAAUUUGAUAUGAAAUAAAUAUUUUUGACAGAUGAAAGCUAAUAACGUAUUGCACGGUAUGCAGUCACCACAAGUGCAAACAAAAAUAAUACGUAUCUGAUCUCAAUAUAUAAAAGCUUUAAUUCGUUGAGGUAUAAAAGGUUUUAGUAUAAUCUACCGCUUUUCAAUUCGCCUUAUUCGGCGUUAUAACUGUUAAAUAUUUGCACAAAGAAAUCAUCCUCCGAACAAAGUAUCACAAUAAACCUUUUUUUUACAUA